AUGACCCCACGGCUUUUGCUCUCUACGCCGAGUGGGUGUACUGGGGUCAGAUUCAGCAAAAGACGUAAAACGGACAAGAAUUUCCACAGUUACCCGUGGCUUUUGCAUAGAAUGACCUACAAGAGAAAGGGUCAGCACUUGAUGCGCGUUCGUGGGUAUAAGGAGAAGGGAAAUAUUGAUACUCCACUCGAAUUGGCUAUCAGGAACGAAACCGAUCGCUACAGCUUGGCCAUGCUUGCCAUCGACAGUCUCAAGUCUGUCUUGGGUAACAAGGGCUCUGCCACUCGUGAAACUCUGCUCAACAGACGUACCCAGGCCAUGAACUACGCUUACGAGUGUGGUGAGGACCCUGAUGACUUUGUCAACUGGACUUGGAACUACUAA